UAACUCUGUUUAGUGAAAAUAUCCUAUUACAAGAGCCAUCAUGAUCGUCCAACUGAAAUUUUUUUGCUUGCAAUAAUAAUGGAAAGGUGCCUUUUAAUUAAUUAAUUAAUAUACACUGAAUAAGCAGUCGAUAGGGAUGAAUUUUCCUACUUGUUGGUCGUUAUAAAUGCUCGACCCGGAUUAGUUGGGAUCAGUUGGGACUGAGUUGGGUUCAUGGAUCAAUCUUCCCUGCUGAAUGGUUGGAGGGGUUUGGGCGGGGGGAGGGGGUUCACAUCCUGGAAUAACUGGUCGUCCUGACAGCGGCUGACCCAGUGGUGCAGGGAAUCACAGCAGGAGACAAUAUGAGGAGACACUGUGUUCUCAAACAUGGGAUACUUAAGGAAUUCCUGGCGGAGUUCCUGGGGACCUUCGUCUUGGUGCUGUUUGGCUGCGGCGCCGCGGCCCAGACGGCCCUCAGCAGGAACACCCUGGGCGAGCCGCUCACCGUGCACAUCGGCUUCUCCCUGGGCCUCACCAUGGCCUGCUACGUGGCGGGGGGAGUCUCAGGGGGUCAUGUGAACCCGGCCGUCUCGCUGGCCAUGGUGGUCCUUGGCAAGCUCAAGAUCUGGAAGUUCCCCGUUUACGUCCUCGCACAGUUCCUGGGUGCCUUUGCCGGGGCGGCAGCCGUGUUCGGCUUAUACUACGACGCCUUCAUGGACUUCACCAGUGGGAUCCUGUCAGUGACCGGCAUCAACGCCACAGGUCACAUCUUCGCCUCCUACCCUGGACGACACCUGUCAAUCCUGGGCGGCUUCCUCGAUCAGGUCAUCGGGACCGGGAUGCUCGUGGUGUGCAUCCUGGCCAUCGUCGACGGGGGGAACAUCGGAGCCCCUAAGGGCGUGGAGCCGCUGGCCAUAGGCCUCAUCGUCAUGGCCAUCUCUGUGUCCAUGGGGCUCAACUGUGGCUACCCCGUGAACCCGGCCCGCGACCUGGGCCCGCGCCUCUUCACAGCCGUGGCCGGCUGGGGCAUGGAGGUCUUCAGCACCGGCGACUACUGGUGGUGGAUCCCAGUGGCCGGGCCCCUGGUGGGGGGCCUGGUUGGUGCGGCCCUCUACUACCUGCUCAUUGAGCUCCACCACCCCCAGCAGCCCCCCCCCUCGAGCCCCGAGGAGCCGGAGAAGACCCCGGAAGAGGAGGAGGAGGAGGAGGAAGAUGAGGAAGACGACAGUCUCAAGGACAAAUAUGAGAUGAUCGCCAUGAGCUAAGAAGUGUUGCUAUCAUAUAACAUCAUACCAUGAUGACAUAACAUGAUGACCUUACAUUAUAACAUACCAUUAACCAUUACUAAGAUGAUCACCAUGAGUUUGGCAAUAACAUCACAUAAUAACAUAAUGGUCAUGUAAUAUAUGUAACAUGAAAAAGAACAUGACCAUGAGCAAAAUGUUGUAGCAUUUACAUAGGAACAUCAAUUUACAUCCUAACGUAUUAACAUACCAUGACAAAGUAGCAUGAUAACAUUAUAAUGUUACUAAGAUGAUUACCAUGAGCUAAACGGUUUUGCAAUAACAUAACAUCAUAACAUGCCAUUAUAACAUAGCAUAAUAAAAUACCAUCGUGACAUAACAUAAUAACAUACCAUUAUAACAUUACAAUCUAGAGAUGAUCGCCAUGACCUUAAUGGUGUGGGUAUAACAUAACAUUAGAACAUUAACUUAUACCAUAACAUAUUAACAUAACAUAACACCACAACAUACAAUUAUAACAUACCAUGAUAACAUAACACCACAACAUAACAACAUAACAUAACACCACAACAAAGCAUCAUAACAUACCAUUGUAACAUAACAUAUUAACAUAGCAUUAUAAUGACACAACAUCUAAGACAAGCGUCUUAGAGUACCAUAUUAAGCGCUAUAUAAAUUUCAUUUAUUAUUAUUAUUAUUAUUAUUAUUAUUAUUAACAUCAUAUUAUAGAAUAACCAAGAUGAAUGCCAUGAGCUACACGAUGUGGCUAACAUAAUAUCACACAAUAACAUUACUUCGUACCAUACCAUAAUAUUAUAUCAUAACAAAUAAACACAA